AUGCUCCGUUUUGUUUUGCUCGUCGCCAUUGCUCUUUCGAUUGCGAUCGAGGCCCGCCAUGAUCAUAAGAAUAAGCACAGAGGCGAGCAGCCGGAGUUUCUGCGCAAUUUGACGUCGUCGCAAAAGAAGUCCUUUUUCGAAAUCACUAAGAAUCCAGGACUCUCGAUUCAACAGAAAGAGGACAAAUUGAAGGAAUGGGCGAAAGAAAAGGAUCUCGAGGAAGAAUUCGAAAAAUUCUCAACCGAGCAAGCCGAGAGAAAACAGAAAAUCAGCAAGAAUAUAAGCGAAGUGAUUUCGAAACUCGCCGAAGCCAAAGAGAAAGUCGAUGCGAUCAUGGCCGACAAGUCAAAGACCAGAAUCCAACAGCAAGAAGCUAUCAAGGACUUGACAAAGGAGUAUCUAAAGGAAAUUCCGACACUUUUCUACAUUGGGAAACUCUUCGAACACGACCAUCGCGCAAAAAAGGACUCGAAGAAGAAGCGAAAUUAA